AUGACAGUCUGUCAGAGCGGCUCGCCAGUUGAAGCUUUUCUCACCCUUUACAGCUACUUAACUCUAGCAUGGAAGAAUUUUAUGGGUAACCUGAUAAAAAGAGGAAUAGGUAAAGGUAUGUUAGAGUAUCAAAAGACAACAAAGAACGAGAACAUCGCUCAAAGAACGAGGAACGAGGAACAUUUCCCAACACAAGACGAUGAACACAUUUUCUGCAAGAAGCCUGUGUCCCUUCAAGGAAAAAAUACGAGUAUUGCUUCUACUGAGGUCCAGUUUGUUCUGUUAAGAAAGAUUAUAAAGGAGUUGAGAUCAAAACCCCCAGGGACUCGAAGAACAUAUAUGAACAAGGGCGAAGAUUGCACUGUAAAGAAAGAAUAUGGUGGAGUUAAGAUCAAAACUUUCAGGGACUCUCUCCGUGUGACCAUCGCAAACACAAAGGAAAACGACAAAGGUGUCAUAGAAAUUAAAGGCAAAAGAAAGACUCUGGCCAUACCGAAGAACGAGUGGACUGAAACUGAAUGUCGAGUUUCAAGCAAUGACGAGGUGAAAUGUGAAGAGAUGUCCAACACUGCAGAGAAGAAGAAUUCUGGCGGACUGUUGAAAGAGUUUACGCUUAAGAAUGCGGAGGUUCUUGCUAACUGUCCUCAAGGACUGCCAAAUAAAGAGCUCACCUCAGACACCUCGAUCGACUUCCCACGCUGGAAAUCCACAAGGGAACAUUUCGCCAUUAUUCCAGAAGAGAUAGAAGUGAAUAGCACCAAUGCAAAUAAAGAUGACUUGAUGAAGAUGAAGUCUGAAGGAGGCAAGGCCUGGGUUGUGCAAAGCCGGGAUGACUGGACUCACCUUCAGGACCAAGAGCAGAGCACGGGCAGCCAAACUGAGUGUAUAUUCGACCAUGGUGGAAACAACGAAGUAAUCCUGUUUGUUUUCCUUCUUUUCGUCAUGUUUACAACCAUGUGGUAAUGCUAUAACAUGGAAUGCAAUCUUGGAAGAGAAACGUUGACAGUUUUUCUGCUCAUCAGGGAACGCCAGUAGCAUUCGCCAAGACUGUGGGACAACUCUACCGCUGUCCCAGAAGAGGAAAUGAGUCGAUUUACCCAUAUUUGAUUUUUUUCCAUUGUUCUGUUUGGAACUCAGAGGGCCGUCAAGGCUCACAUAACCAAAUAUAGAACAAUACAUCUCACCACUGCUGGACUAAAGUAGGUCGACUCCCCGUCAGCACUUAUUGUUUACGUCUGGCCACAGGGUUAAGCAAGCGUACGUCAUCAGUCUAACUGAUCUGUGGUUGCAGCAACAUCUAUUGCAGUGCUAGUCCAGGUCUGUACAAGUGUGUAUACAUGUGUGUGUAACUGUGUG